GAGCCUCGGAGGAUUUCAGCACAUUCUGAUGAUCCUUUGUGCCUUCCACACACAGCCCAGAGGUUUGGCCAUGCCAUGGUCCAAGGUCUACUUUGAUGCAGCAUUGCUGUGCCCCCCCCAUUGGUUCUCAGGCUCCAGUUUAAUGAAGACAGACCAGCUCUUAAACUCACCAGUUUCAGCAAGAUACAACCCAGCUUCUAGAGUUCCUCUGACCUUGCAAGUUGGAGUGAGAUUUUUUAACAUGUUGCCUGUUAAAGGAUAUUACUGAGUGGUGAAAAAUGUUGCUGGAUAUUUUUCAAGAAGUUUCUCUAAGCCUUUCCUGUUCUUCCUAAAUCCUAUUACAUGCCUGGAAAAAGGAAUAGAAGUUUGGGGCAGUCCCAGUCAGACAGCUGGGCAGUCAGACUUCUAUCUUUAAUAGAGACGUAAUAAUUUUUGCUUUAAAAGCUACAUGAGUCACGAAUCAUCCCUGUCAUGUGAAUCCACAUGCAUCGCAGUUGGAAGAAAAAAGGUGCUCUAAAUGAAGUUUGCCACAGAUACCUGAAUUAUAACACUGUUUGGAACUGAAAGACAACGGGAUUUCACCUUCUGGAGCAGAGAUUUCAUGGAUUCAAAUUCCAACACCGUGGUGGUAACUGGUUUUGGUCCCUUCAGACAAUACCUGGUUAAUUCCAGCUGGGAGGCAGUGAAGGAGCUGUCCAAGAGAGGCCUUGGUGAAAACAUCGAUCUCCAGGUCAUGCAGCUGCCAGUGGUUUACCAAAAAGCAAAGGAGCAAGUCAUCAAGAUAUGGACGACUCUUCAGCCACUGCUUACUGUUCACGUUGGGCUGGCUUCAUCCACCACAGUCAUCAUCCUGGAGCAGUGUGGGAAGAACAAAGGCUACCAAGACAGGGAUGCUUGUGGUUUUCACCCAGAAGGUGCCUGCUGCGUGCUGGAUGGCCCAGAAAAGAUUGAAUCUACAAUUAAUAUGAAGACUCUCUGGAAAAACGUUUCAGUGGAAGGGAUUGAUAUCAUCUUCUCCAGAGAUGCGGGGAGGUACAUCUGUGAUUACACCUACUACACUUCUCUGUAUUAUGGCAAUGGAAGAGCAGCUUUCAUCCAUGUGCCUCCAUUAUCCAAGUCAGUAACAGCAGACUUUCUAGGAAAAGCAUUACAGACCAUUAUCUUAGCAAUGUUAGAACAGUGUGGGGUGGAUCAUAUAGGAAAAAAAAAAAAAAGAUGAUUUCUUAGAAAGCAAUUCCCUACUUCUUAAAUGAAGCAAAUCUAAAGAUUAUUUAAAACCUUCACACAAAAGGAUUUUACAGCCCAUGUUAUUUUCAGUGAAAUUUCCUUGCAAAACCCAAACAACUGUUUACAUCUCUGAGAAAAAAGCUCGAGGGGAAAAACCAAGUAACCGGCAGUUUGUCUUGCUAAAAAUAAGGUUGUUUCAGAUUUCAGAAAGUGUGAAACUGGAUUUCAAACAUUUUAGAUGCCUAAUCCUAGUUCUGUUGGUUAUAAAGACAUUAACAAAGACUUGCUGAACCGAGGUGGGCUCUCAGAGCUGUAAGGAUGGAUGGAACAGAGAUCCCCCCAAGCCCAUCCCAGUCCAGCUGAAGUGCCCACACAGAACAUGUGGGUAUGGGAGAAACAGGGCUCCUGGUAUGUGAAGUUCUACAAUUCCCCCUCCCUGACCUGCUGUAAAUGCUGCUUUCCACAUCAGCAACGGGCUCUGGGCCCAGGGGGACUUCCGAGUACAGAGAAAACUGGAGUCCAGCAGGAUCUGGAAUGCUCUUGGUAAUUUUAGUUUCAGCCUGAAACCACCACUAACCCCAAAUUCUCAGUGCCUGUCCCAAAGAAAAACACCACAGUCCUUCCACAAGCACAGCCCAAAAACAAGUUUUCAGCAGGACAGGUCAUGGCUAUUCAGGGACUGACACAUCAAAAUCCAACAGCCAACCUGUCCCAGGAAAGGCAAUCCUGAAGCACUGUGCCGUGGGAAGGGCACAUGUUACUGACAAAACAGGCGCCAAAUGAGAUUCCCACAUGGUAAAACUUGGGAUCAGACCCCUCCACAUCCCAAACAGCUCCACACAGAAUUGCUGUGCCAUGGAAGCUGGGUACCACAGGGGGGUUACAGCACUGCCCCUCAGCACACAGGGAACACCCACAUGCACCUUCCUCCACAAUCCUGCUACUGCCAGGACACAGGGAUGAGAUGCAGUUAGCUGGGAAUUUUCUAAGUCAGUCACUAGAACAGGGCAGCAGCAGCUUCAUCUGGACACCUGGGAUUUCUCCAGGGAAACAAAGCCUGCUCCUCAAGCAUCAUGUCAGUACAACGGACAAGAGACAAAUGUAACAGCACAGGCAGCUGAUGAGGCUUUGGGCCACCAUAGUGCCUUGUUUUAGUCAACACGCUGAUGACAAGAGCCUGAGGAACUGGACCUGCCAAGAUAAUCCCAGUUUUCUCCCCACUGUCUUUCCCAAUGCCGCUGCAGAAAGCUGAUAACCAGGUGGCUGCCUGAAUGCCUCACCUGUGGAUUGCUGUGUGGGUAAAAAGUGGAUUUUCCUCAAAUAACAAACAAUGCUCACCUUAUUCAGAGGAAUCACCCUGCAAAAAACUGCUCAAAUCUCACCAAGAAGGCUCCACACACCCUCAGUGCCACUGCACGACAAUACUUCUGAUUCCAACCCAGCAGUGGCAGUACUGACCCCUACUAAAAUAUAUUCAGAGUAGCUCAAUUCAACGCAGCUGAAAAGAAAACCAGAGAAACUUUAGUUUUCUAACCUGUACUUGCUUUCUGGAAGGAGCAACAAAUUCAGAAACAGGCAAAUGCAUACAGAAUUCUUUUAUUUAACUUAAAUCAUGUAGUACUGAAACUACUAGAAAAAAGCAGAGUAAGAGAAACUAAAGGAGCCUUAGCUUCAGCCAUUCAAAAUAGACAAAGUUUCUUCUUUUCAUAAUGUAAAGAAUCCCGAGUAUAUCGCAAUAACAGGAAUAAAUUCUUACAACAGAAUAUACAAAAACAUUUUGAAUUUUUUUUUAUCUACUGAUUCAUUUUAAUAUAAACACAGGAAUUUCUUUAGGAAUAAUUUAUACACAGCAAGUCUUUUUAUGUAAUAAAUUGGCCAUGUUAUUGUUUAAUUUUCUCUUAAAAAAAUUUAAACAAGAAAAAUUGGAAAAUGUAUUUGCAACUGCAUCCAUUCCUUAGCACUUUCUAGUUUUGUUUUUGUCCCAGAGGUAGACAAACUCUGGCCAAUCCUUUCAUCUCAAACCUCACUGGUUCAGAAAACAGAAGGUGUCCCUGUCCACGGCAGAGGGGUUGGAUCUUCAAUAUCCUUAAAUAAAAAUAAAUAGGGA